AUGGCUAUCGGCAGCUGUAAAUGCGGCAAUGUCCGAGUUGAAUUGAAAGGGCAACCUCUAAAAGCGGGACUGUGCCACUGUCUCGAUUGUCGCAAGCUCACCGGGGGACUGUUUUCCUACAGCUUUGUCGUCAAAACUGCAGAACUAGAGAUCUCCGGGAAUCCGAAAGCAGUAGCCAAGACAGCCGAUAGCGGAAAUGACAUCAGGAACUAUUUCUGUCCUGACUGUGGCACGCCGCUGUUUGGACGGAAGAUCAAACCGGACGGCGAACUUGAUGUGAUUUCAAUCGUGCGGGCUGGCAUAUUUGAUGACACAUUCUUGAAAGAACAUAAGCCCGAAGCGGAAUUAUAUACUGAUAGACGAUUGGAUUGGUUAAAUCCCAUCGAGGGUGCUGCUCAAGUUAACCGCAUGUUGCCGCUGUCAUAA